AUCGUAAUUCCCGUAGCCGUUUAGCGAAAUCACAUUGCUAUGGGACUUAACUGAUCACUACGCUACGAUUUACGUUUUAUUUCAUCAUAUCAGUUGUCAGGUUUUCUGAUACAUUUAUAAACGAAGAAUUAUGAUGUGGACGUUACUGAUAAUGACGUCACUGGUGAUGUCAUUGUGGGCACAGACAGGAGUUUCACAGUGUAGUACCAAUCCAUGUUUUAAUGGCGGUUCCUGUGAAGACAACGUUGAUGGCAGCUACACUUGCCAUUGCACGGAAGGAUUUGUUGGUGACAGAUGUGGAACGUCCAUCGAAGUGGCAGGCAUAUGUUACUCCAACAAUCCGUGUCAAAAUGGAGCUACCUGCUUUGGAUAUUAUAAUACAUAUACGUGCUAUUGUACAACAGGAUUUACAGGCACUCUAUGUGACACUCCCACUGGAAAUGUGAAUUGCUUUUACGACGGCCAAGUUUACCAACACUUCGAAACACGACAAGAAGACUGUAACAAGUGCACAUGUAAUUACGGGUCAUGGUCGUGUACAGAGAUUUCCUGUCACUCAGGCGGCUGCACCCAUGACGGCGUAGCUUAUUCAGACGGAGCUGAGAGACAGCUAGACUGCGGAAACUUUUGUACAUGUCUUAAUGGUCAGUGGGGCUGCAGUGAAUUGCCGUGUGCUCCCUGCACUCACAGCUUUGUUACGUAUUCACACAGUGCUACGAGGCAGCAAGACUGCAAUACUUGUACAUGUCUAAACGGCCAAUGGAACUGCACUCAAUUAUCUUGUGGAUUAUGCCCUCCGAUAUAUCCCGGAAUUUCGGGGGACUGCACAUUAACCGCUUGUUUCUCUGACCAGUUUUGUUCAAAUAAUCAAAAAUGUUGUUUCAAUGGUUGCGUUGUCACUUGUUUGAAUUCAGUGUCUGUAGGCGAUUCGUGCUACCCCAACCCCUGCCAUAAUGGCGGUACAUGCACGAUAACUAGUACAUCACCCGGCUACGUAUGCCUCUGUGCCACUGGGUAUUAUGGUCAACUUUGUAAUAUCGGCACAGGACCAACGCAGUGUGCAUACAACCCGUGUAUAAACGGUGGGACUUGCUCAAUGGUCAAUAACGUCAUGACAUGUACAUGUCUAUCUGGAUAUUAUGGAGAUGUUUGUGAAAUAGUUCAAGACCCGUGUGACAGUAUGCCGUGUCUCAAUGGCGGCACAUGCUUCCAGGCUGGUAACGGCUUGUCGGCUUAUGUAUGUUUAUGUGCGUCUGGGUAUACGGGCACUAACUGUGAAGGGAGCAAUGGUAGAGAAUGUUACUAUGGAAGUACACGAUACAACGAAUUUGCAACAAGACAAGAAGACUGUAAUGUCUGCGAAUGUCUUAAUGGCGGUUGGUCAUGUACAACAAAUCCUUGCAGUACUAAUCCAUGUGAUUCCGAACCAUGCCAGCACGACGGUACGUGCCUACACGCUAAUACACAAUAUAUGUGCCAGUGCACUGAUGGUUAUACUGGAUUUAAUUGCGAAACUCUACUUGGUGGAAGCUGUGAUUAUACUGGCGCGUGUCACAACGGUGCCACGUGCACACUGACACAGGGAGGCAUGUUUCACUGUAAUUGUGCAUAUGGAUUCAGUGGACAAUACUGCGAAAUUGAUAUAUCACAAACCCAUCAAGGAAUGUGUCCAUCGGUUGCUGAGCCUUUGGAUGGAACAGUCGGCCACGACUGUGCCACUAUGUGUAUCGGUGAUUACCAAUGCGAGCCAAAUGAGAAAUGUUGUAUUUCAUUCAAUUGUGGUAUGCAAUGCACACAAGUUGAUGAUGCGUGUUCAAUUGGACUCACUUGUAUGAAUGGCGGGACGUGUCAACCAAUUGGUUAUACAUUCACCUGUACAUGCCCAGAUGGAUACACAGGAGUAUAUUGUGAAAUUGCAACAGAUAAUCUGUGUUAUACCGACAACCCUUGCCAAAAUGGUGGCAUGUGCACUACUCUUGUAGGAUCAGUAAACGUCUGUGUUUGUCCACCAACAUGGAUGGGAAAAUACUGCGAGCAUGUCAAAACUGGUUGUGCAGAUGGCAGCGAGCCAGUCGCGUGUCCACUGGAUCCAUGCUUCCUAGCGUCCUGUCCAUCUAACUUAGCCGCGCAAUGUCGACCUAAUUACUGUGGGGGAUGUAAAACCCAAUUUUUCUUCGACGGGGACAUCAGAAUACAAUGUGAAGAUCCGUGUUCACCAGACCCCUGCCAAAAUAAUGGUGUGUGUUAUAAUAUCAACGGAAAAACACCACUUUGCAUGUGCGCUGAUGGGUUCUAUGGCACUCACUGCGAACGUAUACUCAGUUGUGAUGAUGGCGUAGAACCUCUUCCAUGUGUGAGUAAUCAUUGUGACACAACACUGUGCCCAGCGCACCCUAAUGCACGAUGUGAAGUUAACAUAUGUCAACAUGGAAUAUACAACGAAUGCUUCCCAGAAUUCUUUGACGAACAGGACAACAUUGUGGACUGUCUUGAUAUGAUGUGUCCAUAUGGACCACUGGCUUUUGAAUGCAAACUGAAUCCAUGCCUCUUAGCUUCCUGUCCAACUUAUCCAACUGCUACAUGUGUUCCUAAUUACUGCCAUGUCUCGGGAUGUAUCGCGGAAUAUAUUGAUGAGUAUGGAAACAAAGUGGAUUGUACUGACCCACCAAAACCUGGACAGUGCCCCCCUACUGACGGAUUAUUUGGAACUUGUGUUGAACUUUGCACUUUGGACGAAAACUGUCCUGAUGCACAAAAGUGUUGUUCUAAUGGUUGCGGUCAUACAUGUCAAAAUCCAAUCCUAGUUCCAGUAAACCCUUGUCCUAGCGGUGAACCAUUAAAGAACGAGCAUGGUGUUGAACUAUUAUGUGGGCCAAACCAACAUCAUUGCCCUGUUGGACAUCACUGCAUAAUGUCUACCGAUAACCAUGCUGUGUGCUGUCCGGGCUGUCCCGACGGUCAACUACCUACACAGUGUACAACAAACCCAUGUCAGGUAUCACAGUGUGCUUCUCACCCCAAUGCUGAAUGUCACGCCAACUACUGUGGUGGAUGUUUUGCAGAGUUCUAUGAUGAAUAUGGAAUGAAAGUCAAUUGUAAUGACAUUGUCUGCAGUGACACUAUUGUAUGUUAUAAUGGUGGUCUUUGCUCACACGGAGUUUGUGUUUGCGCAGAUGGAUUCUUUGGAAGAUUAUGCGAGGAGUACAAUCCAUGUGCAGACGGCAAACCAGCAAAAGACGAAGAUGGAACUGUACUUUUUUGUGGUAAUAUGCCAAACCAUGAUCAGUGUCCGCCCGGACAUCACUGCAAGAUGUCUACUGGUGGCCUUGAUGUGUGUUGCCCAGGUUGUCCCGACGGCCAGCAGACAGUACAGUGUGCAACAAACCCAUGUCGGGUAUCACAGUGUGCUUCUAAUCCCAAUGCUGAAUGCCACGCCAACUACUGUGGUGGAUGUUUUGCAGAAUUCUAUGAUGAAUAUGGAAUGAAAGUCAAUUGUGAUGAUGAAAAAAAUGUGUGUCCCAGAGGAGAAGCAUCGAUGAACGAAGAUGGAACUAAUAUGGCGUGCAGUCCGGAUACCAAUCAGUGUCCAAUUGAACAUUACUGCCAAACGUUUGCUGAUGGCCCCUCUAUGUGCUGUCCUGGUUGCCCAGACAACCAGCAAUUUGUUCAGUGUACGGCGAAACCAUGUGAUGUUACACAGUGUGCUUUUGAUCCCAAUGCUAUAUGCCGCGAUAACUACUGUGGUGGAUGUUUUGCAGAGUUCUAUGAUGCCAAUGGAAUGAACAUCGACUGUGAUGAGAAACGACCGUGUACGUUUAGGGAUGGACAUGACUAUCCCCAUGGUGAAUUACUGGAAGGUUCCGAGGAAGACGGCGACUGUAAUUCAUGUACUUGUAGCAAUGGUGUAUGGUCCUGUACGAACAUUUAUUGUGGAGACGCAACAUCAUGUUAUUAUUCAGAUAUGGCAUACAAACAAGGUGAAUAUAGACCAAAUGAAUGCAACACAUGUUAUUGCAAUCAAAAAGAAUGGGUUUGCUCCAAUAGAGAAUGUCCAAACGACGAAGAAUUGGUAGCGGUUUCCGUCACUUUCCACCUGAAAGGAGACUAUGGUGUUAUUGCGGACGAUGUGGAUGAUUUUGAAGAGUCAAUUUCAAAGAGCAUAUCACUGAAUUUUCAAAUUCCCGACACUAUGAUUGAUAAUAUGAAGAUUUCUGAGGGGAGCAUAAAAGUCGAGUUUAAUAUCGUGGCUGAUCCUGAAAUCAAUAAAGAUACUGAAGCCGUUGUUUAUAAAAUGGAAGAAAAGAUAUCUUCCUACACAUUUGUUUAUAAUGGAGUCAUUUAUGAAGUAGAUGGGAGCACUGCCGUAUUUGAGAAGGUUUACCAGGAACCACAGCCUGUAAAACGUGAUACAGUCAACGAUGCUCUGAUUAUAGUGGGAAUCGUCAUUGCAGUGGUUGCCGUUCUUGUCAUUAUCAUGGUGGUUACGUAUUUGAUUGCAAGUUCGUGUAAUGAUAGCAAAAGAAGGUCCAACUACAAGCACUCGACGCCACGUGACAUCGUACACGCUUAUGAUAAUCAUGCUUUUCCAAAUGGAAGCCCAGUAGGAAGUGACAAUCUUAAAGUGUGAGGGCGUAAAUCGCGUGAAUCACUAUAUAUAUGCAAAAAGUAACCAGAAAUAAGUUUGUUUACACGAGAUCGUCACUGUACAUAUAUCAUUUUUUUUAUUAACAUGUGCCUUCUCUAUAUAAGCAAUUAGUUAAUAUUUCAUUUUUUUCGAUUACGUACCAUUAUUAUAUGUUUGUAGUAAAUUUUGCUAUUACGAGAUACUACUACUGGGAACACCUAUUGUUUAUGAAUUGCGUGAUACGAAAUCCGUACGUGAAUUUAGAGAGUAUGUUAUGUUGCUAUGGUGAUUUAUUAUGAUAAGUAUGUUCUUUUAAAUGUUGCAAAUGUUGUAUGUGUUUAUAUAACUUUCAUGUAGGUAAUCAUUUUAUGUAUUUUGAAUACAGUACUUACAAUGUAGCAAUUGAUAUGAAUUUUCAGGGUUUGUCGAAAUUUAUAUUCAAGUACUAUGCCCAUUUAACAGACUAAUCCGGUGUGUAUCGAUAAAUACCAAUACAUAUUGAUAGUAAUGACUGACGUUGGUUUGAUACAAGGGGUGCAGAUAUUCAGUACGAUUGGGGAUGUUAUUUACAUUUUACUACAAAUAAUGAAAUUAAAAUUAAUUUUAAAACAAA